CGAGAAACAGCCCACUUGUCACGAACAAGCGGAACGGUACUGAUAACUGCGGCUACCGCAACUUGUAGAGUGGGUGAAGCUAGUCUUGGUUCUCUUCGCAUUAGAAACGCAACGCUGGCAGCAACGCUGGCAGUACGAAGACCGCAGAAAUGUCAACUAAUUGGCGUGAAUUGUUCCCCACCAAGCUCACAUUUGUGAUCUUCCUGUUGUACAUGUCCCUAUUCAUAGGACAGGGCAUCUUCGUCACAGCAUCUCAGGAAUCGAAUAACUCCUAUGGUUACAAUACCGUCACGGUUGUGCUGCUAACCGAGGUUUUUAAAUUGAUAGUCUCCACCUGUCUGUACUGCCGAGACAACAACCUACGCUCCCUAGUGCGCGAUGUUCAGAAGGAUCGCAAUGUACUGGGAUUGUACAUGGUGCCCGCCUUUCUCUACUGCCUGUACAACAAUUUGGCCUUUGUCAACUUGGCCACAUUCGAUCCCACCACCUACUAUCUGCUACUGCAGCUACGUGUCGUUGUCACGGGCAUACUAUUCCAAAUUAUCUUCAAGAAGUACCUGUCGCAAAGGCAGUGGAUCUCCCUCAUACUGCUGACACUCGGCUGUAUGAUGAAGCAGGUCGAUUUCGGCAGCUUCUACAGCGAUGCGAAUGAUGACAGCGAGUCCGCAGCCAUACAGCAUCAGCUGCAGUCACAUAAUAAAACAACUGCCGCAGGGACGAACGCGCACGGCAAGAACAUGUCCGGUUUCGAUUUUAGCCUGAGUGCCGUCUUCAUUCUGGCACAGACAAUUUGCUCUUGUCUGGCAGGCGUUUACAAUGAGUAUCUUCUUAAAGAUAAGGGCGCCGAUGUGAAUAUCUUUGUACAGAAUGUCUUCAUGUACCUGGACUCGAUUGUCUGCAAUGCAGUCAUCCUCUUGCUGCGCGGCGAGCUCAUUGAUGCCUUUAGUCCGCAGAAUCUGGGCAGUAUAAUGCGCUUUAGCGUCCUAAUCAUCAUUGUUAACAAUGCGGCCAUUGGCAUUGUAACGAGUUUCUUCCUCAAGUACAUGAACUCCAUUCUAAAGACCUUCGCGAGCGCUCUGGAGCUGCUCUUCACGGCUGUCCUGUGCUACUUCCUCUUCUCCAUACCCAUUUACAUGAACACCGCGCUGGCCAUCGCGGUUGUAUCCUACGCCAUCUAUCUCUACACCCAAAGCCCGGUGGUUAAUAUGGGCAAGGUGCGUCCGCUGUCCACUUUAAGUGAUGCCACGACCAAAUCAACGGACAAACGAAAGCUACUCGACGAGGAGGCGGCGGAAUCGGACCUCGAUAUGGUGUAAUGCUGUAGCUAGUCCUAGACGUAAUCUUAGACUGUAAAUAGUUGUGGAAAAGUGCCUGCAAAUGUUUUAAACGCCAGACGAAAGUAUUUGACCCCAGGCUUUGUGCAAUGCAAUAGCAACAGGCUUGUUAAUACCAAAACUUUUGCUCCUCUAGUUUAAGAUUCUCAACGCAAUUGUGUAUUUUAAUCAGAACAUAAAUGCAAUGAAAACGAA